AUGUCACCUCUCGCUCCUUUCCAACUCACUGUCCAUCCAUUUUCAUCCCCAACUCACGACUCCUGUGCCUACGAGAGGGGUUCGGCUUCCGCUAAAAAUGCCCUAGUUUUCAUUGGCGGACUGACUACCGGGCCACAUGGAACAAAUCUCACCGCCCUCGCAAAGACGUUGGAACAGUCCCCCUUGGACUACUCGCUCUGGGAAUUCCGGAUGCGCAGCUCAUACUCUGGCUUCGGAUACUCCAGCAUCGCCAACGACGCCGAGGACACGGCUGCCCUGGUGAAGUAUCUGCGCGGCAUCGGCAAGGAGAAGAUCGUCCUGAUGGGCGCAUCGACUGGUUGCCAGGACUGCCUCGAAUACACCAACCGCGACAAGUACCAGACGCCCCUAGUGGAUGGCUAUAUCCUCACCAGCCCGGUCUCAGACCGCGAGUCCGUCGUCCUGUUUAUGUCCCCCGGGGGAUCCGCCAAGAGCAUCCAAGUGGCCAAGGAAAUGAUCGAGGACGGCCGGAAGGACGAGCCAAUGCCAAAGCAAUAUCUCCCCUUUUUCCUCACGACACCAGUUACCGCUUACAGAUGGCAUUCCCUCGCCGCCGAAGGCGGCGACGAGGAUUACCUCUCCUCCGAUCUCUCCGACGCAGCGCUCGCGGCCACGUUUGGCAGGGUUGACAAGCCCAUGCUGAUACUGCCGGCGGGCGAGGACGAGAUGGUCCCGCCCACGGUGGACAGGAAGGCACUGCUUGGGAGGUGGAUGGCGGCGUGCAGAGACGGGGUUGCCAGCGACUUGUCUGGCUUUAUUCCGGGCGCUGAUCAUAGUGUGACGGGUGCGGAGGCGCAGGAGUGGAUGGCGGAGCGGGUGAAGGCAUUUUUGGGACGGCUUUGAGAUGGGGUGAAUGUUUUUUUCGUGCAAAAUGCAACCAUGGGAGUAACUGAGUUUGUGGAUAAUCCCAGUUGUGGGUAGCUCUCAUCGGAACUCGGAUCAACCAAGUUCAAUGAAACCUGAAGGUUCCGCCUUUGCGAUCACCACAACCAUGCCGCACUCCCCAAGAGCUCGCUCCGCAACCACACCACCCCCAACUCCCCCAUCCAUCAACCACAAAAAGCAGGCAACUCCUCCCCACACGGCAGCUCCUCCAACUUAUCAUCAUCGGGCCCCUCUCUGUUCAGACAAGUGCACGACCCGCCACGGCGCCGGCUGAUCCAGUAGGUCGGAAGCGGGUGUUGGUUGAGCGCGUCGUAGACCGGGUCGUCCGUCGAUUUGGGUACGGGGUACAGCG